AUGGCGGAGGCCGAGAAGAUCGCCGCCAUGGAAAAGUCCAGUGGUGUUGCGGAGGACGCCGCCGAAGGGCCUGCCGGGGAGCCCGACAUGGCUACUGCCGAGGAAGCCAACAAGGGGCCUGCAGGAGAGACCGGCGAGGCCACCGCCGAGGAGGAGGUGGUCGAUGACCAGCCUUCCUCCUGCGAUGCCUCUGGCUCCGGCAAUUAUCUGAGGGUGGGCGGCAAUCUGUUCGUCCACCUUCCAGAAAACUGCCUGGAAUCUCCUCUCUCUCCCCCGAACGCUCUCCCCCUCCUCUGUCUCGAUCUCUCACACACAGUUGACGUCUGCCUGUCGCCGUUCGUGCCCGACGCCGAGCUGCGGCUGCUCCCGGCGUGCCGGCACGCGUUCCACGCCGCCUGCGUCGACGCGUGGCUCCGCAACACGUCGUCGUGCCCGCUCUGCAGCGCCGCCAUCUCGCUGCCGCACCCGCCUCUCCCCACCGCCUACACCGCCGCCGCGCAGCAGGAGCCGUUGGACGCGAGGAGCAGCAGCAAUGCGUCCAGGAGCUUCCGCGUCGAGAUCGGCAGCGUGAGCAACCGACGCUCGUCCGCCGCGGGGGACGACCGCCGCACAUACUCCCUCGGCUCCUUCGACUACCGCGUGGACGAGGAGGUGGAGGCCAUGGUCGCGCGCAUCACGGGCCCCGCGGCGGCGGCCAAGUCGGCGGUGGCCGGGCAGCGCGCCGCGCCGCAGGGCCCGGGCGAGGUGCUGGCGGAGGCGGCGGGGUCGCGCGGGUGGCUCCGGGAGUACGUGGACCGGCUGGCCUCCUCGGCGUCGUCCCUCUCCGGGCGGUGGAGCGCGCGGUGGAGCCAGAGCCACCACAGCCACCGGCAGGAGGACUCGUGGCGGUGGGACCCCGAGGCGGCGGCCAUGGCGGCGCCGCGGGCGGCGGACGAGGACGAGGCGGGCCUCAUGGGCCUGUACCGCUGGAUCGUAGGCGUAUAAUA